AUGCUUUGCUCUCCCCCAUAUGCGCCCCUCCGCCCCGUCCGUGUCGUAUGCGCCGCGUCACCUUCCUCCCCCACUCCGUCCCCUCUGCUUAGGAAAAUGUUUAUCGGCGGUCUUAACUGGGACACCACGGACGACACUCUUCGGGCGUACUUUGAGCAGUUUGGCAAGGUGGAUGCGUGCACCAUCAUGCGCGACGCGGCCGGCCGGUCGCGUUGCUUCGCUUUCCUGACCUUCGAGGACCCGGCGAGCGUCAAUGCGGUCAUGGUGAAGGAGCACACACUGGACGGGAAGAUUAUCGACCCCAAGCGUGCUAUACCUCGACAGGAACACCAGAGGGCAACGAAGCUAUUUAUUGGUGGUCUCCCGGGCAGUGUAACAUCUGAGAGCAUGCGCGCCUUCUUCUCGCAGUUCGGCAAGGUGAUCGACUCAACAGUCAUGCUCGACCGAGAGACUGGCCGCAGCAAGGGUUUCGGCUUCAUCUCCUUCGAAGACACCGAUGUGCAGCCAUUCCUCGGCUUUGGGAACCUUGCAAUCGACGGGAAGCUGGUGCGCAACAUGCUCAUCGUCUCCUCUCCCUCGUCCUGA